AUGAUGAAUUCAAAGGAUGGAAAAAAUAGUGCUGUGGACAUUCAAUCGGAAUUGUAUGAUGAGAGUAAUUCUCAAAACUCAUAUAUCGAUAAUGAGGACAUAGCUGAUGAGAAAAAUAUUGCUAGUGAUGAACUCACAACAAGUGAUGGCGAAAGAUUGCAACCAGGCCCACCUCCAAGGUUAAAUUUUUGGGAUAAUAGUUUGAAAGAUCUCAGAUUCACAAUAUGUAAGCAAUUGGUAAUUAAUCUUUUCCUAUUGGGUUUUAUGUGUUUCACUGUUUUAUGUAUUUACUGGGGAGCGUCUUAUCAUAGAGAUAAAUUCAUUCACAAAGUUAAUAUCUUAGCUGUUUUCCAAGAUGAUGACGGUAAUUCUCCUUUGUCUAGAUUAGCAUAUGAAAUUUUGGAUAAUUAUACAUCUACAGUAAAGGGUAACUGGAAAGUAUACAACCAAUCUGAAUUCAUGAACCAUUAUCAUUUAACAGAUUCCUCGCAGGUCAACCAAAAAAUAUUUGAAAUCAUUCAUCAUGAAGAUUAUUGGUUUUCUCUGAACAUAAAGGAAAAUGCAACUCGAAAUUUAAUUUCUUCUUUGACUGACAACAAUUCCUCAAAUAUAUUCGAUUCUACAGAAUAUUUCGAGGUAGGUUACGAAUCUGGUAGAGAUCCAACUAAUUUGAAAUCGGCUAUUCUGCCAAUUUCACAGGCGUUCCAGAGUGUUUACAAAAAAUUAUAUCCUGCAACUGUAUUAUCUCCUAUUAUUAAUUCAGUAAAUAUUAGUGAUACUGAACCUGAAAAGUUAAUCUCCGCAAGCAGUAUGGAUUUUACCUUUAGCGAUUGGAGGCCUUUCACAGAUGCCGUCAUAUUGACACCAUUACAAGUUGGUUCUAUUUAUACGUUGAUUUUAACUGUUGUACAAUUUGCCUUGUGGGGUAAAGUCCAUGGUAUGGUUUCUCAAAAGUUAAAGAUUCCUCAGUUAAUAGUUUACAGAAUUUUAAUAUCAGUGGUAACUUUAUUUUUUUUAUCUUUGUUCUUCUGUACAAUUUCUGCAAUUUUUCAAGUUGAUUUCACAAUGGCCUUCGGAAGAGGGGGGUUCGUUGUUUAUUGGAUGUCAACAUGGCUUGUCAUGUUAGCUGUUGGUGGUGCAAAUGAAAAUGUCAUUACUUUGAUUGUUGCAUACGGUACAGAAUAUCUAGCAUUCUGGCUGUUGACAUGGAUUAUCCUAAAUAUAUCAGUUACUUUCUUCCCAAUGGCAUUGGAUAGCAACUUUUACCGAUAUGGUUAUGCUAUGCCAAUUCAUAAUGCUGUUGAUAUUUAUAAAGUCAUUUUUUUAAACUUAUCAAAACAUAAGAUGGGUAGAAAUUAUGGUAUAUUAGUUGCAUGGGUUGUACUUAAUUGGACAUUAUUACCUUUAUUCAUGAAAAUUUCUGGCGCUAAAAUGCAGAAGAACGCUAAGGAACAAAUGGAACAAUCUUUGGUAUUAGCAAAGAAAAUGGGUAGAAUUUAA